AAUCAGACAUGGAUUUGAGAACAGGAUUCUGUUGUGCCCUGCUACUAGUGACGAUGUUGCCUUUUUCAGCUAAUGCGUCGAGGCUCUACAUAGUGUAUAUGGGUGAUAAGAAACAUGAUGAUCCAUCGGUGGUCACCGCGUCACACCAUGACACACUAACCUCGGUUCUUGGGAGCAAAGAGGAAGCCUUGAAGUCGAUAGUCUACAGUUACAAGCACGGAUUUUCUGGGUUCGCGGCAAUGCUAACUGAAUCUCAAGCUGAGACACUAGCAAAGUUCCCUGAAGUUGUCUCCGUGAAGCGUAACAUUUUUCACGAACUGCACACAACUCGGAGUUGGGAUUUCCUCGGCGUUGACUACAAACCACCACAGCAGUCGGGCCUCCUCCAGAAAGCCAAGUAUGGUGAAGAUGUAAUCAUCGGUGUCGUGGAUACAGGCAUAUGGCCUGAAUCACGAAGCUUUAACGACAACGGGUAUGGGCCUGUACCGGCACGGUGGAAAGGAAAAUGCCAGACCGGCGAGCUGUUCAACACCACGAGCUGCAACAGAAAGAUCAUCGGCGCGCGGUCGUACGACCGUGGCAUUAGUGCUGAGUCGCUCAAGAGCGACUAUAACUCGCCUAGGGACAUCAACGGCCACGGCACGCACGUCGCAUCGACGAUCGCUGGCGUGGAGGUGCGAGGCGUGAGCUACGGGGGCCUGGCCACCGGCGUGGCGCGUGGUGGGGCUCCGCAUGCGCGGCUUGGUAUCUACAAGGCAUGCUGGGAGGGCGAGGGCUGCCCCGACGCCGCAGUCCUUGCAGCCAUCGACGAUGCCAUACACGACGGCGUGGACGUGUUGUCGCUCUCGCUGGGAGGAGCCGGUCACGAGUACUCCGGGACGCUGCACGCCGUGCAGAGAGGGAUCUCAGUCGUGUUUGCCGGUGGAAACGAUGGCCCCGUGCCGCAGACGGUGACGAAUGCCGUUCCUUGGGUCACCACGGUGGCUGCUAGCACUAUUGACCGGUCUUUCCCAACCCUGAUAUCUCUCGGGAACAAAGAAAAGCUGGUGGGUCAAUCUCGUCACUACAAUGCAUCUGUGAUCAGCAGCGACUUUAAGGACCUUGUUGAUGCGGGGAGGUGCGACGCCAAGUCAGUGGCGUCGAGCAACGUCACCGGCAAAAUCGUCCUGUGCUAUGGACCAGCGGAUGCCAAGUCCUGGCCGCCCACGGUAGCGCUUCCAUAUGCCAUCAACCAGACCGUCACGGCUGGCGCCAAGGGCCUCAUCUUCGCACAGUACACUACCAACCUCCUCGAAUACACGGCUAGUUGCGAAGGCAUUAUGCCCUGCGUACUGGUGGAUUUUGAGAUCGCAGAAAGAAUUAGAUCGUAUUUUGACACAGCAAGUCCCGUGGUGAAGGUCUCGCCUACGGUAACAGUUGUUGGAAACGGGGUGCUGUCGCCGAGGGUCGCCUCGUUCUCGUCGAGAGGGCCAAGCCCUCUCUUCCCCGGUAUACUCAAGCCUGACAUAGCAGCACCCGGAGUCAGCAUCUUGGCUGCCAGCGGAGACUCCUAUGUGUUCAAUUCGGGGACAUCCAUGGCAUGCCCGCAUGUCUCGGCGGUCACCGCUUUGAUCAAGUCGGUUCACCCUAACUGGUCUCCUACCAUGAUCAAAUCCGCUAUUGUCACCACAGCAUCGGUGACCGAUCGUUUUGGUAUGCCGAUACAAGCAGAUUCGGUCCCAAGGAAACUAGCAGACCCAUUUGACUUUGGCGGCGGCCACUUGAACCCGGACAGGGCUGCUGAUCCUGGUUUAGUAUAUGACGUGGAUGCAAAGGAGUACAAUAAUUUCUUUAACUGCACCGUCGGAUUGUUAGAUGGUUGCGAGUCCUACCAACUAAAUCUUAAUCUCCCUUCAAUCGCCGUGCCGAACCUCAAGAAUCAGGUCAUUGUAUGGCGCACUAUCACGAACGUCGGGCCGGUGGAAUCAACUUACCAAGCGGUUGUUCAAGCUCCAGCAGGAGUAGCCAUGUCCGUGGAGCCAUCCGUGAUAACUUUCACUGCAGGUGGUAGUAAAAGUGUGACGUUUAAAGUAACGUUUACGGCGAAGCAAAGGGUGCAAGGUGGGUACACAUUUGGUGGUUUGGCAUGGAAGGAUCAAAGUGCGUACUCAGUGAGAAUUCCUAUUGCUGUGCGAACUGUGAUACAAGACUUUGUCGCGGAUACAUCUUAA